CAGACAGUCGUCUCCACGUUCAGUCUUCGAAGCUUCUUCAAAGCAAUCAAACGCGCAUCUCUUAGUAAAAUGACGAUUCGUAUUAACCCAUUGGUGCUGUGCUUCCUGCCGGUGAUUUUCCUACUUAUCGAGGGAAGAAGUAAGCCCUGUAUCGACGAUCGCAUUGUGUUUCCCAAGGACAGUGAUGAUGAUGUUGAUUCACACUCGAAAGUUACCUACCUAAAUGAGAACUCAACUACAACAACUACGGUGGCACCACCGAGCACAGUAACCACACUCCUGGAAAUGGAAACAAACACCACAGAAGCGGUAUUCACGGCAUCAGAGGAGCUGAUCAAUGGAACCACCACUGAGCAGCCCGUCAUAGACAAUCGAAUACUGUUCGAGACGACCCCAAAAUGCAAAGAGGGCUUCGAGCUGCGUGCCAAUCGCUGUCGAAAGUCGGCUUAGUCGUUUCGUUAGUGCGUAAGAUCGAUGUUUAGUCAAUAAAGUGAUAUUUGAUAGAACCAAA